GCACUGUCGAAAAUUGAUUUUUGACAGAAACAUAACCAAAAUAGCAAAAAUUUUAAAACAAUGGCAAAAAUGAAUUCGACCAGCUUGUAUGUUACAACAACACAAAUAAUAAUGAAGUCUGAACCAAAUAAUCCGAGCACAUGGCAAGAUUUGUACCGUUUAGUUCCUUAUUUAAGAAAUUCACUGUGCUGUGUAGUUUGUGGUAAUUUAUUAGUGGACCCUUUAACCCCUGAAAUGGGUAGAUGUCAACAUCACUUGUGUAGAAGAUGCAAAGGGGGCCGAAAAAAAAUCAAACCCGCUUGCGCUUGGUGUAAAGACUGUAAGGACUAUACAGAAAACAAAAGCUUACGAAUACUCUUACAGUGUUACAAAAAAAUGUGCAGUUCCCUCAUAACGUCCCCAAUUUUCAAUGGACUCAAGGAACAAGCGUCCAAAAGCCAAGCCACCGGCGUCGAAAGGGGAGCCAGUAAUUUAAUCCUGCUCAUACGAGAAGGAGCCUCAUUUCACGAUGAAUACAAAAGCUCAGGGGGUUUACCAAAGUCCGCUUAUUCCAUUUUACCAUGUGUUUACACGAAUUCUUCCACGCAAACUUUACAACCCUCAACAACCAGUGAUAGUUCAAAAAAUGUUGUGAUAAAUACUAAUAAUGUUCAAAACCGGACUUCUUUAUAUUCAGUGCUUUAUGCAGGGACAGGAAACAAAAUUACCAUUAAAAGAAAACCUAAAGAUACUCCAGAUGUUAAAACUAGGUGCAUACCCAUCAAAAAAGAAAUAGGAGAAAAGGCGGUAUUUAAAAAGCCACCCUCAAAAUGCAAUAUUAAACCAAAAAGAGGAUGUAGAUGCGGAAAUGCCACUGCCACCCCAGGGAAGUUGACUUGUUGUGGUCAAAGAUGUCCAUGUUACGUGGAGGGUAAAGCAUGUAUAGAAUGUAAAUGUAGGGGAUGUAGAAAUCCACAUCGACCAGAUGGAAAUAAAGUUAGGCCUCAUAUACCGGAGAUAUCGCAGAUCCAGUAUAUGCCGUCUCAACAAAUGCAGCAGACUGCAAUUGUUGAGCAGGAUUUAUACAGGGAUAUGCAUAAUGUAGUCAAAAUGAGUGAUUUGGAUUCACAGUUUGGAUCGUUUGAGAAUUCUGGUCAAAGAUACAAAACAUAUAAAGGAGUGCUAAAUCCAAUGGCUCUGUCGACGAAUUUGUUAUUAAACGGGCCUAUGAUUGAGGAGGAUGAUGAAGAGUCAGAAAUAACUGUAGUUUGACGUUUUGUAACAGUCCAACAUGUACAAUGCCUUAUUUAUAACUUAUUAAUUAUCGGCAGGACAAUCUGACACCAAUUUUCUAAACUAAGUAGUUUAGCUUAUUUAUUUUAUUAUAAUUAUUGUAAUUUAAAAGGGGAUUUAUAUUUUAUAUUCAGACUUUUAAUUUUUCAUGUCCUAAUUAAUUUGCUUUUUAUUGUAAAUAGAUGUACAUACGCGUAUUAGACCAAAUUUUAU